GUUGGGUUAACCGGAAAUGUAUUGAUUCAACAUUAAUGAAGAAGAAAAAGUAACCCGCAACAUGGCGACUCCCAUGCACAGAAUAAUAGCCAGGAGGCAAGCGGAAGCCAACAAACAGCAUGUACGAUGUCAGAAGUGUUUGGAGAUGGGACACUGGACCUACGAAUGCACAGGGAAGCGGAAAUACGUGCACAGACCAUCAAGGACAACCGAGAUGAAAAAGAAACUGAAGGAGAAUGACAACAAACCUGUCAGCGUCACUGGACCAGCGAUAGAAGGCUCCAGUGAGAAGAAAAUUAAAAAGAAGACUAAAGACUCGAGCGACAGCAGCAGUGAUUCAGACAGCUCCUCUAGUGACUCAUCGUCAGACAGCAGCGACUCCUCCAGCUCCUCUUCAGACGACAGCAGCAGCGACAGCGACGACGACAGCUCUUCCUCCUCCUCUUCUUCUUCCUCCUCCUCUUCGUCCUCCGACAGCUCUGACUCGGGAAGCAGCAGUGAUUCCGAUCAAGGUCCUCCAAAGAAGAAAAAGAAGAAGAAAUAAGAAUCAUUAAAAAGAGCUGGAACAAGCGGGGGUUUCUCAUUCAUGUUUUUUUUUUCUACAGAACUUUUUUUUCCCACUAAUCUGUCUCAUAUUUGGUUGCGUAUGAAUGAACAUCAGGCUGCAAGUCUUAUGUUUGGCUACUGCUUGUGUGUAUGUGUGUAUAUUUUUUUAGCAAUGCUGUUGUAGAUUGAGAAGAGAACUGAAUAUUUUGGGUUUGGUGAUAUGCCAUAUGUCCUUUUUUCAACCCAUUCUAUUGCUGUGAUAUCCCUCAAGUUUUUUUGUGUAUACUGAGCAUAUUAGUUCUAAAUAUUUAAAGAAAUUAAUGUGCUCUGAUUUUGUACUAAAAUAUAUUUUAGCCAAACUUAACCUGUACAGCUUAUAAUGAAUAAAAACAACACAUCACAGACAGAAUUAUUGAGACAAAUGUGACACAUUUUAAUGAACUCUGAAGACAUUUGUUAAAUUUGGAAUUAGAGGAUCUUGUCUAUGAAAUUACGGUCACUUGUUUAAUUGUAAAAUAAAGUUUGAUUUGUUU